CAUAUCAGAUGUUAAAACAUGGGCAAAGGUUUUUCCAUCACUGUGACAAUCCUUUCCAUAAUAAUUGCCGUCAUAGCUGUCCUUGCAUACUUUAGUAUUCCCAGCAUCCCUGAUAUACCUUCAGUUGCCCAAGAUAACUGGUUUGGCAAAGGCGACAAGCGACAAGAAGACGAAACUAUCAAAAGUUUUCAAAUAUCAGUCACGCAGCAAACUCUUGAUGAUUUGAAGGAUCGCUUGCAAAACACACGGUUUGUUGAAACCCUAGAAGGAAUACAGUGGGAAUAUGGCACAAACAGCGAAUAUCUCAAGCAACUUGUGCACUACUGGAUAAAAAAAUAUGACUGGAAAACUCAAGAAAAGUUGCUCAACUCGUUUCCUAACUUCCAAGCAAACAUUGAUGGACUCAGAGUGCACUUUUGGCACGUAAAGCCUCAGGUUAAAGCUGGUCAAGUAUUGGUACCAAUCAUGUUUAUACACGGAUGGCCAGGAUCCUUUUUUGAGUUCUACAAAGUUGUUCAAAUUCUUUCCAAAGAAUCCGUGAGUGGGAAAUUUGCAUUUGAAGUUGUAUGUCCAUCAAUUCCAGGCUAYGGAUUCUCUGAAGCAGCUCACAAGUCAGGUCCCUUGUUGAUCCACACUGCUGUUAUGUUUAGUAAGCUGAUGGCAAGACUUGGACACAAAUCAUUCUAUGUGCAGGGCGGAGACUGGGGGUCUGGUGUGGCAAGAGCAAUGGCACUAACUAACAAACGGCAUAUCAAAGGAAUCCAUCUCAACUUUUUUCAAGUAUCUGCUCCAUAUGGACCACUUUCAUACAUAGSUGGAUACUUCACACUGCCGCCACUUGAACACAAGAAGAUUUUCCCACUCAAACAAUUUUUCUUUGAUGUCCUACGUGAAACAGGAUAUUCACACAUACAAG